UCCGUCCGCGGUUGUCUUUUUCUUUUAGUCGCGGGUUGUGCCGUGUCAUCAAUAGAAAGAUCAGAUUCUUUUUGUGGUGCGGUUUUUUCGGAACCGUCAGGGGUGACCACAUCCCACAUCUCUUGUUCCAGUGAUUGCUGGUCAGAAAUUAGUGAAUUAUUGCGUAUCGAUUCGUAUCGCAGCGAUUUGAGCAAUCGGUGCCAAAUUUAUUCCAUUUUUUAGGCGACAAACGCCAGUUCCCAGUGCCGGUAUAGACGUAACACUCUCCUCAUCAGAAGAGGGCCCCUGUCAGGGCAAAAAGAAUAAGCAGGAUGGGUCUCAUGUACAAGAUUCGCAUCCGGGUGAUCAAUUUCCUGGUGUUCUUUUUCCUGGUAGUUCUACUGCCGGGGCUUCCACCGAAAACCACGUUCCCCUUCGAAGGGUUCAGCAUACCUCCGCUGAAGGAGCUUAAGGGAGGCUUGGAGCCGAACAACCACCUGGACAAUGCCGAGCGACUGUUCGAGGGCAAAGUGUACGGCCCGGAGGCACUCCUGGUGCGGGGCAAGGAAAUCUUCACCACCGUCCACGGGGGCGAAGUGCUUCGCAUCACCGGUCAACACAUCACACACGUGGCCAAGUUCGGCAAACCUUGCGAAACCUCUGUGGAGGAGGAAAUUUGCGGUCGUCCUCUGGGAUUGGCCUUCGAUACGCAGGGUAAUAAUCUGAUCGUGGCUGAUGCCUACUAUGGAAUCUGGUUGGUCGAUCUCAUCAACGGAGACAAGAUUCAGCUCGUUUCGCGUGAUGUCGUCCUGGAUGGAAAAGGCGUCAACCGUAAGCCGCGCCUGUUUAACAGCGUAGCCGUGACCAAGAAUGGCGAUAUCUACUGGACCGAGUCGACGUCCGAUGUCGAUCUCCAGGAUGGAGUGUUCACUCUCUUUAUGAAUCCUUCCGGUCGGCUGUUCCAUUACGAUAGGAAAACCAAGAAGAACACUGUCCUGCUGGAUCGUCUGUACUUCGCCAACGGCUUGGCUCUGAGUCCAAACGAAGACUUCGUAGUGGUUGUUGAAACCAUGGCCUCGUUGAUUCGACGUGUCUACCUAAAGGGACCGAAGGCCGGAACGGACGAUAUCUUCGUCGACGGUCUGCCUGGACUGGGUGACAACCUGAUCGCCAACGAGGAAGGCCUCUGGGCACCGCUGGUUAUGGCUGCCGACGAGGUGAAUCCCUCGCUGACACGCCUCUUGUCUCGGGUUCCAUUGAUUCGUAAGUUCCUUGCCCGUAUGCUCGCUAUCGCCGAGAUGCCGUUCCGUAUGCUGCACCAAGUGUUGCCCACCGUCCACACCCAACGGCUGCUGCACGCCAUUGGACACUUCGAGACCAUGUCAUUCGCCAGUCCCGAUCGGGUGACCAUCGUCCGCCUGGAUUGGAACGGAAACAUCGUCGGAUCGCUGCACGGAUUCGACAAGUCGGUCUCUGCGGUUUCGCACGUUGCCGAGCUGGGAGACUACCUGUAUCUGGGAUCACCGUACAACAAGUAUCUGGCUCGCGUCCAAUUGCCCAAGGCGCCGAAGAUGCGCGUGCAAAACGUUCGCUUUGAACCGGCGGUGGAGCCGAGUGUAGCUAAGAAGCCGGAGGCUGCAACUACGACGACGACGACCACGCCGAAGCCAACUACUACCACCACUACGACCAAGAAGCCAGUGACCACUACUACCACUACAACCACCACAACACCGAAACCACCUACCACUACCACCACCACACCGAAGCCAACCACUGCGAAGCCAACCACCGCGAAGCCAGCUACCGCGAAGCCAACCACCGCGAAGCCAGUGACCACCACCACAACCACCCCGAAGCCCACCACUACGGAAAAGGCUACGCCAAAGCCAACCACAACCACCCCUACAACAACUCCAGCCCCACCCAAGCAGCAGGAAAGUCCGCCCAAGCCGACUACCGCGCAGAAGCCAGCCACGUCGGCGGAGAAGCCCGCUCCGACGGAGGCUCCCAAAAAGAAGGAAAAGAAGAAGGAAAAGGCCACCCCCACCACUACCACGACCCCGGCGCCCGCUCCGGAGCGAAAAUCGGAACCGGCUCCGAUCCACGAGAAGAUCCCGAACGAUACGCCGAAACCAAAGCAGGAAAAGCUCCGGGUGAUCAAGAGGGGUGGCGAACAGGGCGAGCUGUAGUGUCCCUUCGAUGCGAACGCAGCUGCGAAUUCAAGAUGGGUGAGUUUCCGAAAGAAAACGCACAAUCAGUCUUUGGUUAAACACACGUUUGAAUAAAGUUUCUUUUUUUUUGUCAUGGGUUGAGGUGGCGAAAAACGCGGGUGCAACACGCGGUGAGAGCGGCAGCUAUUCUCCACUACCUCCUAUAUGACACUAUUCUACAUUACCACUGAUUUUUUACCCGUGCCUUCUACUUUGUUGACUAAAUCUAAUUAAUUUAUUAUGUGUUGUACUCAUAUUCCUAUAUUUUUUCCCCCCUCAACUGUUGUACUAAUUUGAGUAAGCCUCCGGGAGGUGAGAUUUUCCUUUAUCCAGAAAUCAUUUACACUAUUGUUCCAUUAGGUGUUAAGGUGUUAGAGACAUUCGAAAUUUAGUAAAGUAAAACUUAGCAAAUGAGCUUUCGCGGUAAAAGUUAAGGUUUUUUUUCGGAGUUUGGACCAUUUCAGUUAAACUUUUGCAAUAUUGGCGAACCCACACGGGAAAACCGCAGUUUCCAUUCUACGUAAGAAUUUUCAUCCUCUAGGAAUUUAAGGAUCUUAUAGUUGCUGAUGGUAAGAAUUGAAAGGAAAACAAAGUGAAGAGUUGAAAAACAU